AAACUUUUGUAAAUAGCACGCAGAUUAAUUUCAAAUUAUUUCUUGGACUCAUCACUAUGGAAUGGAUGGAAUAUCUGAAGAUUACAAUUACUUUCAACCCAGUCACUUCGUCGUCUUAGAUUCUCAAAAUUCUUGCUCUAAGCCAUUAAAUGAAACUUCUUUUUUGAAAUCUCUCCCUGCACUUCAGAUUCCAGAAACUCAAACUGAGCAAGUGCACAUCAAUCCUUCCCCAAAUCAAAAGUCUGCAGUUUCAGAGACUUAUCAAUAUGAUAUUGACCUUAUAGAUUCCUCUGAUUUUUCUCAAGUGUCAUUAAAAUUCUUGGAAGCACCAAAUAUGGAAAGUAACCAGCCUGUAAGAACUCAAAGUGAAUCAUCAAGUGAAGAAUCUCACAGUAAUUUUUGUAAACCUUUACCACCCUCAUCUAUUGAAGACCCCAGUUCUAAACAAAAUCUGUCGACACCUACAGGUCAUGGUUCUCAUGAAAAAUCAAGUGCUGAUGAUUCCGUAUCAGUGACUAUACAAAAUGUAAAGAAAUCCAGGGAAUUGGCUGCUGAAUCAAAAAAUAAUUUAACUGGAAAACCAGAGGAAAUUAAAUCAACAGCUUUAGCACGUAAAUUUCUGUUUAAAAGUGAUGAAGAUACAAGUGAGGAUAAAGAUAGUGAACCAGAAGUGAAUACUCCAUCAAGACAUAUUGCUUCUCUACAAGUUUCUCCAGUGUCUGUGAUAGUAUCAGAUACAGCAGAUGAGAUGAAUUACAUUGAUCCAUCACCUGAACAUCAUUCAUUCCCAAUAAUUAUCCCUGAUUCUCCAACAACAGAUAAUUCUGACCAUGAUUCUGGCUGUCAGGAAUCUACAAUGAUGGAAUCUACAGUGAUGGAAUCUACAGUGAUGGAAGCUACUGUAAUAAAAAACAAGGAUUCUCUGCAUCAAUCAAGGGAAUACUCUCAGAAUGAAAGCAAUAAAGGUUCUAAAGAUGACAGUGAGAAUUUACACCUUCACUACUCAUCAACACAAUCAUGUUCACAGAUUGACCCAAAAACAUAUUCACAAAAAUAUACAGAUGAAAUUUGUGAGAGCCAAGACUUAAAUUUGUAUUUGAGUCUCAGUUCACAAAUAUCUGAAAACAAGGAUAUGACACAGUCACAAGCAAGCAGAACUUCUGUUAUGUUGAAAGAAGAAAAAUCUAAUCAAAGUGUUCGUUCUGUUUUUAAAGACAGUAGUUCUGAAGAUGUUCUUGAGUUCACCCUUAAUUUGCCAAAAGUAUCACCAGGAAACAGUUUUCAUAAUUCAUCUUUAUCUAAGACACCGCAAAAUAAAAGUAGUGUUAGAAAAACUUCUGUUUCUCAGACUUCACAAAAAGGGAGUGGUUUUGGUCAUCUGUCUGUUUCUCAAACUUCACAGAAAAGAAGUGAUCUUACUAAUUCAUCUGAUUCUCAGAUCUCACAGAAAGGGAGUGGUCUUAGUGAUUCUGCCAGUGAGAAAAUGAAGAAUUACCAAGAUUCUAUGCCUCAGCUGUCAAAUAGUGAAUUUUCUCAGCAGACAUCAUCACCUUCAGAUGCAGCUAAUCCACAUAAAACCCAGCCACAAAAAGAGGAUCUUCCAUCUAAGUUGAAACCAUUAGAAUCAUUUAUAGAAGCUAAUCCAUUUGAUUCAGAGCAUUUCUUUAAGGCUCGACAGAAAGACCUGCUUGAUCCAUUACCUGGUAAAAGUUCCCAAAAAGAUCAACGGAAAAGUGAAUUCUCUGUAUCAACAAUGUCUUCAGCUGAAGGUUUUGUUUCUAAAAUAUCUAAUGAAAAGAGGAUAAAUGAGGCUGAUUUACAUGAAAAAACAAUUCUUGAUAGUUGUCAACAAAAGACUUUUACUAAGAUUCAAGAGAAGAAAGAUGCAGUGUCUUCAAAUAAGUAUUUUUCUUUAAUUCCCAAAGGUGAAAAACAUCUUUCUGCCAAACCACUGUCUUUAAGCCAGGGAGUUAUAGACAUUAGAGCUGGAGAUGCUAAUGGCAGCUUUCACGAUGGUGAACAAGAAAAAAGAAAACCAGCAUCUCUCCCAGAUAAAUUAAUCUCUAAAGGAAAUUCUAAAAUUUCCUCAAAAUCCGAACCAGUAGGUCAGCCAAGUGAUAUUUCCCCAAAUUCUUAUGAUCAUGAAACCACGAUGCCUGACAAUCUAUGUGCAAGGCUUACAUCAACUUCAAGCCAAAAUAAUAAUUCCAAUGCCAAAGAAUCCAUCAUGCCUUAUGAAGAAGAAGAUGAAAUGAAUGUUUACAAUAUGUCUAAUCAAAUGUUAAUUGGAAAUAUACCAGGAAAAGGUGUUUCAAUAUCUCAGCCCUACAAAAGGCAAUCAACAGAAUGUCUUGGUAAAGUGGUAUCAGCAUCAAUGCCUGGACAGGCUUCAUGCAGCAUGGGUGAAACAUCUAGCACUAUUACAGAAUUAAUGCCUGUUAAACCCCUUGUGACGCCAACAGCUGAAGUGACAGUUACUGGUAUGAUGAAAACACCAAUAAAUAUCUUAGGACAAAAACAAUAUUCUCCUCUUGUAGCUAGAGACAACCAAGAUUCAGAAACUCAAUCUGUUCAACAAGAUGAUAUUUCUAUUGUGCAACCAGCUAAUAAUGUAACAAACAUUGUACCAAAUACUGAGGCACAGCUUGCUGUGACACAAAAUGUAAAUGUUGGUGCAUGCACUUCCAAUGAUCCUUAUUUAUUCCCAGAUUCUCAACUUAAAAACAAGUCUACUAUUGUUACAUCAAGAAAACGUCAAAAGUUAGCCAAUAGGUCUACACAAAAGAAAAGUGCCAAGAAACUGCUGCCAAAAAAGAGUUCAAUUUUUUCUCGUAGUCGAGGUAUUCGCAAAGACCGUCAAAGUCCUGUCUAUAGAGUACGGUUUGAAGCUAUACGUAAAAGGGCUCGUAAUCCUAUUACUCUGCUCAGCAAUCCAGCAUUCUUAAAAGUUCCAUCGCAUAAAGAUAUUGAGUCCAUUUUAUCUUCUAAAAUCCAUAACAAAGGUGAUAAAACACCCAGUUCUAGUGAUAGUGGCUCACAAACCAGGGAACAGCAACAGCAGCAAUGUUCACUUUAUACCAAUCUUAAAAAGGUUUUUCAAAGAAAAAUUACGGAAGAAACUACUGUACAGAUUGUGUACCGUAAAACCACAGUAGAAAUGUUGAGAAAUUCUCAAGUUAUUGAUCGUCGAGUUGUUGUGGAGAAAAAUGAUCCAGUUGUUAUUAAAAGUACUCGUAAUGAAGAAUUCAAGUAUUUAAAUUCAUCAAAAGGGACAUCAUCAUUUUGUAGUCCAACUUCAUUGACAUCUGGGGAGUAUGCUGAUGUUAGCUCAUUGUCUCAUUCUGACAGUAAAGGCAGCAGUAACAACAGUAGUAGCUUUAACAGUCUCACAGUAAAAUCCUCUUCUAUUGACUUACCAUCUACUCCAUCUGUGAAUCAAUCUGAGAAGCAGCACAAGGAAGGCCAAGUUAGUAUUUUAAAAAAGAGACAGUCUGUUUCAAAUAAGCCUUGUCAAAGUCACACUUCUGAUGAAGAUAUGUUAAAGAUGCUGUCACCAAUUACAUUAGAAGACAAACAGGAACAUUCUGCCUAUUGCAGUCUUGGAGAUGACCUGCAGCAACAAAGCUGGGGCCAAUUAGGGAUGCAUGGAAUUACUGCAACUCCUGAUAAAUGUAAUACUUCUGUAACUGAGACUGCCACUUUAUCAAGAUAUUCAUCAAAUGAAGAACCACUGAAGACAAAGGCAAUGACUGUUUUUCAUUCUGACUCACUUUUUUCAUCAAAUGAAAAUCUCAGUGUUUCUGACCAAGAAAUAGCUGCACAUCACAUGAAAAGCCUUCCAGUGACUCAACCUUCAGGAACAGCUGGAGAUUGUCAAGAAAUAUAUACCAGUAAUAAGAAUUUAAAUUUACCUGAAACUUCUUCAAACAGAAGUCCUCUGAGAACAUCUGCACAUGAAGAAGAUCUGAAAACACCAGAUAAAGCUGAAAAUCAAAUUCGAGGAUCAAAAAGGUUAUGUAGUCCAGAACCAUGUGAAGAAGGUACAUCUAAAAAGUACAAACAAGAUUUUUCAGAUGAUAAACCUAAAUGUAGUGAUAGAAGCCAAAGGUAUUUGAAAGUCUGUCCGUCUUGGAUUGACCUGGGGCUAACCAACAUCGUCAACACCAACGCAAGUGAAGAUCGCCGUAAGCAAAUAUAUUCAGAGACUGAAAUGGAAAGAAAAGAGAGUGUUAACAUUUCCCUGUUGUCCGGUGACCACUUCAACAACAACUACUACAACACCGACAAUAGCAACGCUAAUCACAGCAAGAACAAUAUCAACAUUAACAACAACAACAGUGUGAACACAGUGGUGUCGUCCGGUGUGGCCUCACUACCCGGUUCUCUACCCGUUUCCGUGGAAAACCACAAGCUGACCACUAACCCUGCUCUGAUGGCCACUAAUGGUUUCCAGGCCCCUCGGCCUCCGGACACGCCGAAUAACUUCGUGAUUGAGGUUUACAAUCUGGAUAAAAUGAAAACCCGAGCGAGGGACCGAGUGUCAUCUGCAACACAACAGCUCAGUGGUCCUUACCGACUCUUCGAGACCACAGCUUUCAGGCCCAGCACGGGUCAGCAAUAG